UUUCCGGGGAAGUCAAACCUCUCCUUUUUUUUUUUUUUUUUUUUUUUUUUAUAUAACCUUUAAAUUAAUUUAGAAUCCAGAUAAGCCUUGAUCUGAGGAUGAUAUAACCACAGCAAGCAACAUGGGAACCUCUAGAAAAAUCAGAAAGACUUCACAAAACAUGGUGUGAUGUCUACUGGUGGAGACAGGCCACGAGGUCCAGAGAAGAAGGGGUGGCCUGAUCCAGGGACAAUGAAGAUGGAAUGCUGAAGAGUAAGGUGGAGGAAAGAAGCAACAGGCACCAUGGAAAAGACCAAAACAAAGCAAGGAGAGAAUGAACAUAUACCGAUGAAUAAUCCUUCCACACAGAUUUACCAGUUGCAGGCCUUGGCCUCUGAACUGAAAACUGGUUUCACAGAAGCAAUGCAAGAAUUGUCCAGAAUUCAACAUGGCGAGUAUGCUUUGGAAGAGAAGGUUAAGAGUUGCCGAUGUUCCAUGGAAGAAAAAGUUACUGAGAUGAAGAAUUCGUUAAACUAUUUCAAGGAAGAGCUGAGCAAUGCCAUGUCAAUGAUUCAGGCCAUCACUUCCAAACAGGAAGAAAUGCAACAGAAAAUUGAACAGCUUCAGCAGGAAAAGCGAAGAGAAUCUCGGAAAGUUAAAGCCAAGAAAACUCAAAAAGAGGAACAUGGCUCACAGGCGGGGCCUGCUCAAGCACAAGGAAGUCCUUUCCGUUCAAUCAAUAUCCCUGAACCUGUUCUUCCAAGUGAAGACUUUACAAACCUUUUGCCUUCUCAGGCCUAUGAAAAAGCUCAAGAGUCCCGAUCCAUGCAUGUAGGAGACAGUAAUGUGAAGGGGAUGAUGGGUCCUGGAAUGAACCCAACAACUCCUGAAGCGGAAGAAAACCUUAAGCCUUGCCUUUCGGCUGAUAUCCAGCCCAAGGGCCAUCUCUCAUCUGGUGUGUGGAGGCAGCCCAAGGAUGGUAAAGAAUGGGGAGAGGAAUAUGUCACGAAAGACCACCCAGAUAAACUCAAGGACGCUGGCCAGCCCAGGCACAGUUCUCUGGAAAAUGUUUUAUGCGAAACCUCUUUAGCUGCUAAAAGACAGACCGUGGCUCUAGAACUGCUUGAAUCGGAAAGAAAAUACGUCAUCAACAUCUCUCUGAUCCUGAAGAUCAAGGCAACGUUCCAAGGGUCAGAUGGAAAGAGGAAUUCCAAAGAGAGAAGCCUCUUCCCUGGUUCUUUACGGUACCUUGUCCAGCAGCACCUCGAUUUGCUCCAUGCUCUGCAGGAAAGGGUCCUGAAGUGGCCACGCCAAGGAGUUCUUGGAGAUUUAUUCCUUAAAUUAACAAAUGAUGAGAAUAAUUUCUUGGAUUAUUAUGUUGCCUACCUGAGGGACCUACCUGAAUGCAUCUCUUUGGUUCAUGUUGUUGUUCUGAAGGAGGGUGACGAAGAGAUUAAAUCUGACAUCUACACACUGUUUUUUCACAUAGUCCAGCGCAUCCCUGAAUACCUGAUUCAUCUGCAGAAUGUCCUGAAGUUCACAGAGCAGGAACACCCUGACUACUACCUACUUCUGGUGUGUGUUCAGCGCCUUCGAGUAUUUAUCUCGCAUUACACCCUGCUGUUUCAAUGCAAUGAGGAUUUGCUUAUUCAGAAACGGAAAAAGCUCAAGAAGUCAUCCAUGGCGAAGCUGUACAAAGGCCUGGCUUCCCAGUGUGCAAACACUGGACAAGAUGCUUCCCCCACUGCAGGCCCUGAGGCUGUCCGCGACAGCGGUAUCCACUCAGAAGAGAUGCUGCAACCCUACCCUUCUGCUCCCAGCUCUGGCCCUGCUGUCACACAUUUGAUGCCCCCAGUGAAGAAAAGCCAACAACAGCAAAGCUUGAUGGAGAGCAUGCAGCCCGGGAAGCCCAGCGAGUGGGAAAUGGAGGGCAGAAAGCACGAGAGGCCCGAGAGCCUCCUGGCGCCAGCGCAGUUCUGUGCAGCCGAGCAGGACGUGAAGGCGCUGGCCGGGCCCCUGCAGGCCAUCCCCGAGAUGGACUUCGAGCCCUCGCCCGCCGAGCCGCUGGGCAACGUGGAGCGCUCCCUGCGCGCCCCGGCCGAGCUCCUGCCCGACGCCCGCGGCUUCGUGCCCGCGGGCUACGAGGAGUUCGAGUACGGCGGCGAGAUCUUCGCGCUGCCCGCGCCCUACGACGAGGAGCCGUUCCAGGCCCCGGCCCUCUUCGAGAACUGCUCGCCCGCCUCUUCCGAGUCCAGCCUGGACAUCUGCUUCCUCCGGCCCGUCAGCUUCGCCAUGGAGGCCGAGCGGCCCGAGCACCCGCUGCAGCCGCUGCCCAAGAGCGCCACGUCGCCGGCGGGCAGCAGCGGCGCCUACAAGCUGGAGGCGGCGGCGCAGGCGCACGGCAAGGCCAAGCCGCUGAGCCGCUCGCUCAAGGAGUUCCCGCGCGCGCCGCCCGCCGAGGGCGUGGCCCCGCGCCUCUACAGCACGCGCAGCAGCAGCGGCGGCCGCGCGCCGCUCAAGGCCGAGCGCGCCGCGCAGCCGCACGGCCAGGCCGCCGCCGCCGCAGCGGCGGCCGCAGCCCGCGGCGCGCCCAGGACCUUCUUCCCCCAACAGAGGUCCCAAAGCGAAAAGCAGACCUAUUUGGAAGAGAUGCAUUUAGAAGAUACCACCAGAUUCUGUCCAAAGGAAGAAAGAGAGAGCGAACAGACCUCUUUCAGCGAUCAAAACCCCAGGCAAGACCAGAAAGGGGGCUUUCGCAGCUCCUUCCGCAAGCUCUUUAAAAAGAAAAAUGGGAACGCAACUGGUGAAGAUUUCUGUGGUCCUUGGGGCUGGUGGUGACAUCAAAGCUUUCCCAUUUCCAGGUAAACACUAAACAGUUGCAUGUUGGAACCAUCAAAGUGUGACAUAUUGGGUUUUGGAGAGAUCAGAUGUAGCUAAGAGGGGAAACGAGAGGUAAAGAUUUUAAGUUCUGACUAAUGGCUUUCUGAUCAGAAACUGCCAUGUGGGGGAACAUUCAGAAGAAACACCAGCCAGAUUCAAAUCUUGCUUCCUACUUCCCACCCCCCAUAACUAUAAGCAUUCCUAGCCUUCUGUAUAAAAGAAGAUAUGGGGAAGGAAUAAAAUGGUCAAAAAUAUAUCUUCCUAACAUUUUGGGUACAACUGUACUAAUCAGGGAUGAUUUGAACUGGAAGUAGGUGGGAGUUCUGAGUUGAGAGAAAGUGUAGAGUUUGGGGGGGGGGGGCACGUGAAGGCUGUUUCAAGGGGGCUUCUGAAAAGGAAAAGGACUUUCACCCCAGCCAGAUAUAAUCUUACCUGAUGAGUACCCAGAUGCACUGGUGUGGUGAGAAGGAAUAGUUUUUCCUCCAUGCCCUGGGAUGUAGUGGGAUGGUGCUUCUUCCUGACUGGAAGUAGAAAACAUGGUGGGCAGCUCUGGCUUCAUCUGUGAGGCCAAGUAUCAGGGUGAAGAGUAAUAAAACUCUAGUCAGUCAUCAGAUUUCUAGACAUCAGGAUUUUAGUCUUUGUGUGGAUCCAGCUGCUUUCUUUGAAUAAUGUAAAGGGAUGUUUGAAUUCUGCCCAAUUAAUUCAGUAACUGAUAAGAGUCAUAGUUAACUUAUCUAACAACAACAGUGAGGACUUGUAGCAUACCAAUGAUAGUGAAAGAACUUACCUUUCUUUUGUGGAUAGUGGAAGCAUGCCUGAUUCUGCCUCAGCAUAUGGAGAACUUGUUCAGUUGUAUAGGAGCUUUGGACAAAGAAUUUCAUGUCUAACAUCGCUUCCAUACAUCCUGCAUGAGGUCUUUUGAUACUGGUUCUCAGUCAGUGGGCUAGUUUUACCCAUUCUAGCUCUGAGUUUAAGCUAGCCAAAGGGCCCAGCCUAGCCUUUCAAAGGUUAUUUCCAGAAAGCCUCCUCCCUCCAGGGACUUCUGACAUGAACAAACUGGAGAAGGUGCAGAGCUGGGAUGGAUUACCCAACUGGCUUAACCAAGAUAAAGGAAGAAGGCACCCUCGACUGGGGACUCCAUUGGACUGAUUUGAGUUGUUGACUAUUGAUUGGGCUUGGUCUCCUUUGUGGUGGUUGAGAUUAUAGAAUCUCCUCAAUCUGACUACUGUACUAAUUUCUGAAUUCUACCAAAUGUAGCAUAUGUGUGUGGUUGGCUUCAAUAAAUUUUUCAUUUAAAAAUGAAAACAAGCAACAGCAAGAGUUUGUAAUGUAAUGCCCAAAUUCAAUGAUGGCCCUUGUUAGAUAACCUCAGUUGAGACCAAUGAAUUCCAUCCAUUUUAAUUUAAGGGCCUUGGUAAUUUGUGGAGUAGUUACUCGGUUGAAACAAAAAUAGGAUUUACUAAAUUUUCUGAGCCUUUAUUUCCCUUUUACAGUGUUAUCACAUAAUAUCUUACACUAACAUACACAGUUGUCACAAUUCUCUCCAUAAAGCAUAGAAAGAAUUUCUCUUUAUGUUCUUUGCAAAUUUUAGCUACACAUGUCCUGAGUCAUGAAAUUCAGGGGAAGUAAAAAUUAUUCCAGAUCUAAGAGGCAACUGUUUUACAAAUGCAAAACAAUUUGGAUAGAUAAAAUAUCUGAAAACAAUUAAAACCAAAUCAACCU